UCCAAGGAGCGGUCCGGGCACCCGUUUCAAAGUGGCAAGGCGGGCCGAGUGGACUUCCGCAACUAGCCUCGGCCCUGCUGAGAUCGCCACUCACUCUGCGAAGGGCACCCUCGCCAGACUUCCCGCCGGGUGUCUCCGCGCUCUCCAAGGUGCCGGACCGGACUCAAGUGACCCGCGGGACGCCUGUAUCCCUCCUGGUCCCGAACCCACCCGGCUGGGAUUUGUGUAAAUGCAGAACAGAAUGCACUUAGCGGGUCCCGAGCAAACCUGAAAUCUGAAGUCUCUCUCCUGAGCCAGGAACUCGACUGGGACUCGGGAGGAGGGGGCGCGGCUCCUGCGGACACCGCGCGAGUAGGAUGCUGAUUACGCCGCUGGACAGCCUCAGCAGCAGCGGCGCGGUCGUUUUGUUUUCCGGCACAGCGAGCUCUGUCACUUUGAGGAAAGUCAAGGUAGUAAAGAUCCAGGCUCAAAUUUUGUCCAAAUGGCCACAGAAAGCGACUCUCUGAGUGAGAAAAAUCAAAGACUAAAUGAAGUUCUUAGGCCAUAUCAAAUGGAAGAUCUUUCCAAAUAUUCAACAGUACAGAAUGCUGCCUUUAAAGGAGAGGGGGAUGACGUUUUAGGAAACUCAGUUGUCAACCAAAGCAUUUUAGCACCUCUUAUUACUGAGUAUGAUAAGCAACUGGAAGAGCUAAAUGGGCAGCUGAAAUAUUAUCAGAAACAGAUGGGUGAGAUGAAACUGCAACUUGAAACUGUCAUCAAGGAAAAUGAGAGGCUGCACAGUGAAUUAAAAGAUGCUGUUGAAAACCAGUUGGAGGCCCUUCCCCUUGGCAUUGAGAUGAAAAGUGAUAUAUAUAUAGAUGAUGAAACAGUCAAGAAUCUUCAAGAACAAUUACAACUAGCCAAUCAAGAAAAAAAUCAGGCCGUGGAACUCUGGCAGACCGUUUCUCAGGAGCUGAACCGACUGCAGAAACUUUACCAGGAACACAUGACUGAGGCCCAGAUUUAUGUAGCUGAAAGUCAAAAACAAAAGGAUCAGCUGAGCGGCUUUCAACAGCUGACCAGGCAGCUUCAUGUCACUAAUGAGAACAUAGAAAUGACUAACCAACACUUCCUGGAAACAGUAACGGAACAAAAUGUGGAAAUCGAGCGACUCCAAAAGCAACUUAGGCAAACCAAGACAGAUCUGAGAAUUGCAGCUGCAAAAGUGGCAGAGUUAACUAAAAUGACUGAACAUUCUCAAAAACAGAUGAAAAAGAAGGAGGAGGAGGUGGUGUCCGCCCAAAGGCGGGAGGAAGCAUCAGACAGGCGCUUACAGCAGCUGCAGACCAGCGUGAAACUACUGGAAACUCGGUUAUGUGUAGCAAUUCAAGAAGCCAACCAAUUAAGAGCAGAAAAAACACAUUUGGAAAGCCAGACCAGAGACUUACAAGCAAAGUACAAUGAAUUAGAAAAUGAGAAAUAUGAAGCUAUUCUAAGAGCCAGAAAUAGCAUGCAACUCUUAGAAGAAGCUACCCUGCAAAAAAACCAGGCUCUGCUCGAGGAGAAGCAAAAAGAAGAAGAGCUAGAGAAAAUGAAAGAAACAUUUUCUCAGGUUGUUGAAGAUGCUGCCAUAAGAACGAAAAAGGAAAUUACAAACACAAGAAAACUUUAUAACAUACAGAUUUCUCGACUAACAGAAGAGCUUUCAGCCCUUCAGAUGGAGUGUGCCGAAAAACUAAGCCAAACUGAACGAGUCAUGAAGGAGAAAAAAGCGGUGGAAGAAGAACUAGAAAAGGUUUACCGUGAAGGCAAAGGAAGUGAAAAUCUCUACAGAAAACUGGAGGAAAUGCACCAAAGAUGCCUGGUUGCAGAGCGUUCCAAAGAUGAUCUCCAGCUAACACUUAAGACAGCAGAAAAUAAAAUAAAACACCUUGAAAUAAAUUCCGCAGAAGAGAUAUCACGUUGCCAAGAAAUGAUUCAGAAACUUCAAAGUGUCUUGGAGUCUGAGAGAGAAAACUGCGGAUUAGUCAGUGAACAAAGGCUAAAACUUCAGCAAGAAAAUGAACAGUUACGGAAGGAGAUGGAGGAUUUAAGAAAGAUUGCUCUGGAGACUCAGAAAAAAGCCAAAUUAAAGGUCAGUACAAUGGAACAUGAAUUUUCAGUGAAGGAGCGCGGGUUUGAAGUGCAGCUGAGGGAGAUGGAGGACAGCAACCGCAACUCCACCGUCGAACUGCGGCGACUCUUAGCGACUCAGCAGAAGGCAGCCGACAGGUGGAAGGAGGAAACGAAGAAACUCACUGAAAGUGCCGAGACUAGAAUCAGCAAUCUGAAGUUCCUCGAACUCAGUGGAUUCAAAGCCCAGCGCGUUACGCCACGCCCGCCCACAUUCAUCCUUCGUUCCUCAUUGUCCGUCCCGUGAGCGGUGACACUUUCCCGGAAGUCAUCCUGAACGCCUUCCUCCUCACUCCCCUAAACCAAGCACUACUAAUUCUGACCUCUCCCCACCCUGAAAAACAUCUCUCCUGACUCUGUCCCUUCUCCUCUAAUAAUCAGGCCAUCAACAUUGCCCACCUGCACUGCUGCUCUCACCCCCCCAGUUUACCACAGUCACAGACCCCUACUGGUUUUCCUGCUGCAAUCAGCAAAAUCUUUGGACCCUCAAACUUAAUCAUGUCACCUCUCUUCUUAAAAUACUUCAGCACCUCCCCAUAGCAUCGAUGAUAAAGUCUCCAUUUCCUAUCAAGACAUAGACGGUCCUUUGCAGUCUGUUUCCUUGUGUUUUCAGCUGCUUCUGCUCCCCCUACCCUGACGCCCACCUUCCAGCCACUCUGUCUGUCUCAUUCAUACUGCGCUGCAUUCGGCUUUCUGGAUUGAUUGCCCUUCCUUUUUUCCUGACCUCCACACGUGACUCUGAUGGCGACACUCCCUUUUCUCCCCUGCUUUUGUUCGUCUAACUGCUGUGUAUCUUUCACACAUGAGCCUAAAAGGCUGCCUCCUCCAGAGAGAGCUCUCACCCCUGCGCCUUCAGCGUGUGUUCCCAUAGCACUGUGGACUUUAUAGCAGUGACUGCCGCGUCAUAAACCUGGGAGCUUCACAGCACGGCUGGCGUUCCUUACUGCCACCAGGGCGGUGACUGGGUCUCCCCUGGCCCAUCCCACUAGUGCCAGCAUCGUAAGUGGAACAUGACGGGCACUCAUUUCAGUAUUUAUUGGAUUAAAUGGACUUGACAGUCUCCCCAAUCUCAUCCAAGAGCAGCACCUAAAACGAGGUGUGAGGAAAUCCACGCAGUUUGUAAUUUCGAGUUCAUUCUUCACGUUCUUGAAAUAAGCCUCCCGUGAAUGAUAUUCACAAAUAAAAGUCUAAAUCAUGUUGGUUUUUCUGGGAGCGGUCUCUCAAAUUCAUUAUACCACCUGAUGGCCACGGGGGAAAUGUAGUCACUGAACUAUCUAGUUCGUUCUGAUACGGGAGCAGGUGGGCAGU